CUUGGUUCGGAACAAAUCUGCGAUGGGAUGGCUAACAAUGGAGAACUUAUUACGAAUCCUAUGUUCAAGUCUAACUUGUGGAAGACUCUCUCCGCUUUGCCAGCAGCUGGAGUAUUGGGAGCAGGUGAACAUGACCAAGUCGACAUCGCUAUUGCCGAUAAUUUCAGCAGAGAGGGAAAAGUGGAAUUUGCUUAUGCAUAUGUCGACGACUCAAUUGAACAGUUCAACAAAAAAAUCUAUUCUGAUUCUCAGAAGAGAACCCACCGAUUGAUUGUUGUUUUCCAAUAA